CAAUAAGUAAACUUAUAAAAAAUAUAGUGUAGUAUAUUAAUUAAAUACUAAGAAUAUAAACUAAAAUAUAUAAAAAACUUUGAAUUUACCACUAAAAAUUGUAAUUGGUUACAAGAAUUCAUGCGCCAUGCUUUCUUGAUUUUAUAGUGUCAACAAAUCUGUUUCACGUUCAAUCUUCAAUUAAGAUAUUUUGUACAUUUAUAUUGUAUUAAAUAUAUUUUGAAAUAAGAUGUCUUAUCAGUUAUAUAGAAAUACAACGUUAGGAAAUACGUUACAAGAAAGUCUUGAUGAAUUGAUUCAGUAUGGACAAAUUACACCACAACUUGCCAUAAAGGUAUUAUUGCAAUUUGACAAAGCUAUCAACCAAGCACUUGCUACUAGAGUUAAAUCACGACUUACAUUUAAGGCAGGAAAAUUAAAUACUUACAGAUUUUGUGAUAAUGUUUGGACAUUUAUGCUUAAUGAUGUUGAAUUUCGAGAGGUUCAAGAGAUUGCUGUAGUGGAUAAAGUAAAAAUAGUUGCUUGUGAUGGUAAAACAUUAGAUGCAGAUGCAGCAGCAAAACGAUAGCGAUUAUUAGAUUAUCUCAUAUUUAUAAGAAACGUUUGCUAUUGCUUUCUAAAUACUACAAAUAAUAUAUAUAUAUAUAAUUUUAAAUAUUUUAUAUAUAUAUAAAUAUAUAUAUAUAUAAAAUUUUUACAAUAGCAAAUAUUUGAAGAAAAUACAAUGCAAAUGCAAAAUAUGCAUAAACUUCUCUUACUUCCUUACCGCCAACAUUAUAAAAAGAUUAAAUUGUUACAAAUUACAAUAAUUUAUUAAUAAGUAAAUACACUAUAUUUAUGCUAAGAAGUAUGGUACCUAUACUUGUUAUUGUAAGAGUUAACGCUUCUCUAAUAUUUCUAUUAUAUGGUAUUAUAUCCGAUACAUAAAGAGCAAGUAUAUUUAUAAUGUACUGACCAUCUGAAAAGAAACAAGGUACCACAUUAAUAACAGCCAAUCCAGCUGAAAACAUUGUGAUAUAUUUACAAAGUAGGACUAGAGAUUCAGGAAUGCUAGGAUUUAAAAAACUGUAUUUAGGAACCCAAUCUGAUACAUCGACUGUUCUGUAAAUAUCAGCUGGAUGCCCAAAAAAUAACACAUCUUUUCCCAUCUUACGUUUUAUGUGUACGAUCUGUAAAAGCAUUGUAAAAACAUUAAAGUAUAGAAUAUUUUUUAAAAAACUUAUAAUAAACUAAAUAUUACAUACCUUA